GAGCGUGCGGAGAACCGAGGGGGUUGAGUGACGCUUCGUACGAGGCUGGAUGGGAGGGGGGAGCAGCGGUAUGAUUCCCGUUGAGAAAAGGAGGAAAGUUUAAAGUUAUAUAUUGUAUUUUGUCUAAAUAAACACAACGUGAAGAGGACAUUUGAGGCCCAUCAUUUUUGCCCAGAGGGAGAGAAGAAAAAGGUCAACUUGAUACCUAGCUACUCAAAGUCGAAAGCCAACAAUGCCCAUAAAAUCCCGCAUCACAAUCCCCGUCCCCCAGGUCUCCCUCCCAACCUACAUUUUUGACUCUCCCACCGCCCCGUUACCCAAAACACCAAUUCUCAUCUCCGCGACGAACCCAGAGUCACAUUUUCUCUCGCUACACGACCACCGGCAGUAUGCAAAGCGCUUCGCAUCGGGUCUGCUGCGCGCAGGACUGCAGCCGGGGGAUCGCGUGCUGCUCUUCUCGUCGAACACGCUAUUCUUCCCUGCCGUGGUAAUGGGUACGAUAAUGGCCGAGGGAAUCUUCACGGGCGCGAAUCCAAGCUACGUAGCUCGGGAGUUGGCAUAUCAAUUACAGGACAGCGGGGCGCGGUAUCUCAUCUGCGCUGAAGCCAAUAUCGACACUGGAAUUGCAGCCGCGAAAGAAAUCGGGUUGAGUGCGGAUUGUAUUUUUGUUUUCGACGAUGGAGCCGCGACGUUUGAAGGUAGAAAGGUGGAACGCGACUCGGAGCUGGGACGCAUUCGGCACUGGACGGAGCUGCUGGGUACACCGGAACAUGGCGAUGCGUAUGCGUGGCCCGAGCUGAGCACCGCAGAAGAGCUGGAUCGCGUUGUUGCGCUGAAUUACUCGUCGGGUACAACGGGCGUGGCGAAAGGCGUGAUGAUUACGCAUAGGAACUACAUUUCGAAUUGCGUUCAGCAGUUGUACCUCCCAGAGCAAGAGGAGGGGUGGCAAGAGUCGUUGCCGCGAAGAAGGUAUCUCAUUUUCCUGCCCAUGUACCAUGCCAUGGCGCAGUCCUGGUUCUGCAUGGGCGCCUUGAAGCAGCAGAUCCCAGUAUACAUGAUGGCCAAGUUUGAUCUGCUGCAGAUGCUAGAGUACGUGCAGAAAUACCGGAUUACGGAUCUUGUCUUGGUGCCGCCUAUCGUUGUACUUAUGGCCAAGCACCCUGCAACCAGGAAUUAUGACCUGAGCUCAGUGGAGAGUGUAGGCUCUGGCGCUGCUCCUCUCGGUGGCGAAAUAAAACAAGAGCUUGAGCGCCUUUGGCCACCAGGCAAGAUCAGCAUCCGAAAUGGGUGGGGUAUGACGGAGCUCACAUGCGUUGGCUGUAACCACUAUCCCUCAGUCCAGUAUCCCAGUUCCUCCGUAGGGGAACUGUAUCCGAACCUUGAGGCAAAGAUCGUCCUGGAUGACCAAGGCCAGGUUGAAGCUCCUCAAGGUGAAAAAGGUGAAAUCUGGAUGCGCGGCCCCAAUGUCAUGAAGGGGUACUGGAAGAAGCCCGAAGCGACAAAGGAGACCAUCACACCGGACGGGUGGUUGAAGACUGGAGACUCAGCAUACGUGGAUGCCAAUCAGUACAUUUAUAUUGUGGACAGAGUCAAGGAGUUGAUCAAGGUCAAGGGACUACAGGUUGCGCCUGCCGAGCUGGAGGCAUUGUUGUUGGACCAUCCCCAGGUACAAGAUGCUGCUGUCAUCGGAGUACAGGCUGAGGGUACCGAAUUGCCACGCGCAUACAUCGUGCUUCGGUCUUCGGUCAAUGCCACGCCGGAAAUGGCGGCAAAUAUCAAAGCAUGGUUGGCAGAGCGUGUCUCAAAGUACAAGCGACUGGAAGGCGGAGUGCACUUUGUCGAUGCGAUACCCAAGAACCCGUCUGGAAAGAUUUUGAGGAAAGAAUUGAGGAGUAGAGCUGCACAGGAAGACCCUAAGCCAAAGCUGUAAACAGUCGACUACACAUAUGUAUCUGUCUCUGCCUAUACAGGCCAUCAUGAUCCUGGAAUGAAUAUCAAUUCCAGUCUUGUUUUAGCGUAAGUUUGGGUUGCAGUGCUGAUCAAGCCUGUCUCGCGGUACUCAAAGAAGGCGCCAAGUCGCUGCCAUGUCCUCAAGCCAUGGUGUCAUGCCUGGUAGCCUUUGAGUGUCUUCAGUGCUGAAAUUGCGUGUCCU